AUAGAAAAUAUAUUUAAUAGAACAGCCUAGGAGCUACCUUCACUUUUUUUUUUCCCUGCUUUGAUUCGUCUCCUCUGUCUUCUGUGUGAAACCCCUUUAUCUAUCUUUAGGAGCUACUUGACGUCGACUGCGGAUGCUUUAUCCAGCUCAGGUGUGACGCGUUUGCUGCCAAUCCACUUGGAGCUGUCGAAAUUCUUCCUAGAUUAGAAGCCACGAUUGUAGCUGUUUAUCAGGGUGCUUAAAUGGAGAAAUCUGCUGUUGUUAAGGAAAAUUACCUCAACGGAAAUCAAUUUCACUCGUUUUCUUCUUCCUCUGUUUCUCUUAGACACGUUAGUUACAGCUGUGGCACUUGUGGAUAUGAGUUGAACUUAAGCUCCUCCAAUCGAAACACCUCAACUAUUGGCUCUAAGUAUGGGAAAUCCAUAAAGCGAGGGAUCAUCUCAUUCUUUGACAUUGAUGAGAGCAGAUUUACUCAGGCUGAAGAAUUCCAAUGUAUCCCCUACUUUUCAAAGAACUCAUGGGGAUUGUUCCGUAGGAGAACCAAACUUCUUUGCCGUAAAUGUGGCAAUAAUAUUGGAGUUGCCUAUGAUGAUGAAACUUCAGCUUAUCCACUAGUAUCAGAUGGUUCAGAUUCAUCCUCUGUCAAUGAAUCCAAACUUCGAAAAUAUGAUGUUAAAAUCCGUGCAUUGCAGCCUUCAUCUGUUGAUCGGUAUGGUAUUCCACUUUAUGUAUAAUGUGUUGCAGCCAAUCUUUGAAUAAUUCAUGUUAAUUGAAUUUGAAGGUUAUCAUAACUAUAGCAUAAGUUUUCUUGUAAUAUAUUCAUGUAUACAUGUUUGGAGUCCUCUUUCAUUUUUGUUUCUGCGUUUACCCUCAUUUUUUAGAUGUUGAGUUGGUAACUUGUACAAAGCAGUAUUGGGAACUGAAAUAGAUGAAAGCAAUUGUGGAGUCUAAAGGGAUUUAAGGGUAUUGAGCAAAUUUCAUGGACAGUUUUCAGAUUUUGUUUUAUGAUGAUGGUGUGAUAUCUGAAAUUGUACUAUAUAUGAAUGAGUAGAUUUUGGAGAA